GAGCCGCACCCAGGCCUGGCAAAUGCCUACAAGAAGCUCGGCAGGGUCAUCCAGACCGUCGGCGACUACCACGCGGCGCAGGCCACGGCCGAGGCGACCACCAUCGGCGACCCGUUCCAGUACCACUCGCAGGACGCCUUCAUCGUCAAGGAGACGCUCACGAACCGCCAGAUCCUCAUCCGCGAGUACCUGCAGGCCCAGGAGGUGACGCGGAGCAAGCUCAACGCCGCGGACCGCCUCAAGGCCAGCUCGAGCGUGCGCCGGGAAAAAGUGGACGAGGCCAUCGCCGCGCUGGACGAGGCCCGCACGAGCGAGACGCAGCUCUUCCACAAGACGAGCCGCGUCACGCAGAACCUCGUCCAGGAGCGCCGCCGGUGGUUCGAGCGCACGGCAAACGACCUCCGCCUCGAGAUCAGGGAGCUCGUCCUGCGCGAGAUCGAGGCCGAGCGCCGCUCCCUCGCCCUUCUCGAGAGCGUCCGCGCCGACAUCCGCUCCAUCGACGCCUCGGGCGGCCUCAGCCGCCUCGGCCGCGAGGCGCACCCCACCAUCCGCCGGACCAGCCUCGCCGCCAGCCAGGGCCCUAAGGGGGACGCCUGGAGCGGCGUCCCUCGCCGCUCCGACGCCACCAGCCGCACCGCCUCCGUCGCGGGCAGCGCCAAGCUUGGCGUCCCCGAGGAGGCCGGUUUGGAGGGCGAGGGAAAUGGCGCGAGGAGGGAGCCCGGUGGCGGCGGGCUGGGCAACUUGGUCGGGCUGGAGGAGGAUGACGAGGAUCGGAUUGAUGCUAGGAAUGCGGCGAGUCGGUUGGCCACGAGCACUUUUUGA